UAUGUUUGUUAAACAUUACAUUUUUUGUAAAACCAAAAGCUCUCCACUCUCGCUUUCGGCAGUGUCUCAUAUUUUUGAAACCGCAAUGAACCGUAAACCAUUAUGUAGCGGGUGCAUUCUCCAUUUAAAUGAUUGAGACGUAUAAAUGAGACAGUGAAUAUUUGGCAACUCUUGGAAUUGCAUUGCAUCCAUUUAAGAUAGCCAUGGAUGACUGUAAUGCACUUGUUAAAAUUGAACCAAAACAAGAAGAAGAGCUGAAUGCAUCCCUUGACGAACACAUUUUUUUAAGCAAUGACGAUUUGACAACUAUAAAAGAAGAAUACAAUGAGACUACAUCUGAUGCAGAAGAUGAUAGUAGCAACUGUAGUUAUGCUACAAAUAGUAAGAGACUUUUAAUAAAAGACAUUCUCAAAUGUUUUAAAUGUGACGUUUGUGAUUUCGCAACGAAUACAAAGAGUAAUCUUAAAAAACAUCACUUGAAACACAAAAUGUUUAAAGAUUUUAAAUGUGAAAGUUGUGAUUAUGCCACUAACCAUAAAUCUGCUUUAAAACGGCAUCUGUUAACGCAUUACGAUCUUAGAGAUUUUAAAUGUGAUAUUUGUGAUUAUGCCACAAAUCGUAACAGCGCUUUGAAGCAACAUCGCUUAACACACACUAUCGAUAAAAAACUUCUAUGUCACAUUUGCGAUUAUGCGACCAACAUUAAACAGUAUUUUAAACAACACCUCUUGUCACACAAGGCGUCUAAAGAUUUUAAAUGUAACGAUUGUGAGUUUGUGACAAAACAUAGAGGCAGUUUAAUUCGACAUCUUUUAAUACACAACGUGGCUAAAGACUUUCAAUGUAACAUUUGUGAUUUUUCCACAAAACGUAAAGGCGGUUUACAACAACAUCUCAUAAUACACAACAGCUCUAAGGAUUUUAAAUGUAACCUUUGUAAUUAUGCCACAAACUUUAAAUCGAAUAUUAAACAACAUCUGUUAUCACACAAAGCUUUAAAACAUUUUAAAUGUGAAAUUUGUAAUUAUGCCACAAAUUUUAAAGCUGCAUUGAGGCGACAUCUAUUAAGACACAAUGUUUCUAAAUAUUUUAAAUGUGAUAAAACAACAGUUAUUUCAAACAACAUUUCUUAACACACGUUUCCAAGGUGUGACAUUUGUAAUUAUUCCACACAUCGCAAAAGGACUUUUAAACGACAUAGUUUAAUACAUUACGUCUCUAAACACUAUAAAUGGUAACGACUGUACUAUACAAUACUAAAAUUAUUUUUUUUCACUACUAGCGUCUGAUGACAUGAUUAUUAACCUUUUUUCCACUUGUAAAGUAGGCUU